GCAAUGGUCAGGACUUCGUGGGCACCGCCACAAAGGUGUUCAUCCGCGCCCAGAUCGGCGCCCAGAGAUCGGCAGCAGCAUCCUACCGUCCCCGCAAUGCUUCGCCACACCAUCCUGAUGGAUACCCUGCGUUGAACAGGGAGGCCGCUGCCGACAAACACAUCGGUCUCACUCGAGCUGCGUGUUUCAUGUCUCUGCGUCGACAACAUGCACUGCGACUCAUCGCCCAGCUGUCGCCGUAUUUAAGGCAAUGCCUACGAGAGUAGUAGGGCAUCCUCUUCUACCGACUUCUCUCUACCGGAGUCCCUUCUAAUUCUUAGUGCUUUGCUUCUCUUCGCUUUGGUUCACACCAUGUUCGCUUCUACACUUAUCCUCGCACUCGUCUCCAGUACUCUCGCCCUUCCGUCCACUCUGAACACCCGCUCGAACCCGUGCACCGCUAUUGGCGCAACCGACUCUCUCAACUACAAGUUCACGCUGGAGACCGUUGCGCCGUCUGCACCUAGUGGCGUCACCGGUCCGAAACUCGCGCUCCUCUCUGGCGCGCCGAACGGCCUAUCGUGGUUGCAGGAAGUUCACUCGGCGAACACAGGCAUUUUCGACUCGUGGACCCUGCAGUCCGGCGGCCUCAUCCCGGGUUCUACUUCGCAGGGCAGCGCAUCGGUCGGAAGCGACCUGAGUGUCGCGCCGGGCUCUAUCGUUGAGUUCUCUGUCACCGAGCGCGGCGCUGCCGUGGAUGCGGCGUCGGGCCAGACGCCCUACUGUGCUGCUUCUGACGCAGCUAACCACGCCACCCUCGCCGUCAACGGUGAUGCAAACUCGUUUGCUAUUUGCAUGACGCCGUCCCUCGCUUGGGUAUUGGUCUACAAGCCGACUCUGAGCAAACAUCACCCGCCGUCCUUUCCCCAGCCCGAACGCCCAUCGCUCGACUCAACCAAACGUCUGUACCCGGAGUCGAUAGUACGCGUGUUGAUCCCCGACACGUACGCUCUCUCUCCCACACCGCCAACUCGCGUCUCCCGUAGCUUGAACACUCCACCUACUGGGGUGAUCACGCUUGACUCGGAUAGCACACCCACUUCGUCCACCUGGAGCAUGGACCGCCGACUGAGGGUCGCAAUCAUCGGUGGAGGGAUCGGAGGCGUCGCUCUCGCUGUGUCUCUUCACAAACUCGCCGCGAAUGUCGCGGUUGACAUCUAUGAGGCUGCUCCAUCGUUUCCUGAUAUCGGGGCUGGCGUAAUGCUAUGGCGACGAACCUGGGAAAUCAUACAAGCUCUCGGAUUAGCUGACGAACUGAGCGUUUUCGCGUCUGGACGUAUCGAGGACGGUGGCCAUACCAUGCAUAUGCGCAAGUCAGAUGAAAAGGAAGCCCCCACAACUGAGAUGGUACAGAGCGGCGGGAUGGCCUUCCACCGCUCGCACUUGCUAGCGAGCCUCAGAAAGCACAUUCCCGACUCUUGUAGCAUCCACUUCGCCAAGAGGCUGCAAACAUACACCAGAUUACCCACAGGUAAUAUCCAAGUAACCUUCGCGGAUGGUACCCAGGCAACCCACGACCUCGUUGUCGGAUGCGAUGGCGUCAAUUCAGCUGUGCGCGGAGUCCUCUACGGCACAUUUGCUGAAGAAGCGAAGAAUGCCGGGGAGAGCUCGAAGGCAGCAGAGUACGCGUCCAAGGUCGACCCUGUAUGGAGCGAGACUGUGGUUUACCGAGGCCUGGCACCACGCGCGGUGCUGGAGAAAACCGUUCCCGACCACCCGGCAUUCUCGCGCAACGCCCUCCUCCUAGGCAAGGACAAGCAUAUCAUUCUCUACCCGAUUGCUCAGGGAAAACUCAUCAACGUCGUCGCCUUGGUUUCGCGGCAGGCAUCGGAAGGGACGAAGUACGGGAAAAGCUGGAUACGCGAGGCUACAAAUGAAGAGGUCCUUCGCGAAUAUGCUGGAUGGGAACCUCUGGCCAUCGAAACUCUUGCCGCAAUGGAGAGGACUGACCUCUGGGCUAUCAACGUCGUUCCCACUUUGCCGACAUACAUCGGCGACGGUGUAGCCCUUGUAGGCGACGCGGCUCACGCCAUGGCAACGCACUUGGGGGCAGGGGCCGGACAAGCCAUCGAGGAUGCAUUCGUGCUCGCUAGCUUGCUUGCGCAUCCAGCUGUUACAGACGAGAUCUUACCCCACGCGCUGCGGGCCUACGACGAGGUCCGCCGGCCGUUCUCACAAUGGGUUGCAGACCGGUCGCGCGAGUGCGGCCUGACGGAAGAGUUCAAUGUGUUGCCGCAGACCUCGGAUCCUGUGCUGGAUCUCCAAAAAGUGGUGAAGCGUAUGAGAGAGCUCUUCUCGUUCCUCAAGGAGACAUCGGCCAUGGCGGACCGCCACAAAGCGGUAGCGAUGCUAGAGGCCGCUGUCGGGAAGUAACCAUAGACCACAGAUUAUGCG